AUGUAUUACGCCGGCAACGAUACUGAUGCUUACAGAAGAGGUGUAGGAAUAAUAGUUUCGCAGCACUUAACAAAAUGUGUAACUCGAUUUACACCAGAGUCAGACGGAGUGGUGUUGUUGAUCGUUUACGCAAAACCAUUGAAAUUAAAUGUCAUUCAAGUAUAUGCACCUGGUUGUGAUAAAUCUGAUGAAGAAAUAGAGGAAUUCUACGCGGACAUUACUAAAGUAGUAAAACUAACACAACCGCACGAACUGAACUUUAUUAUGGAAGAUUUCAAUGCGAAGGUUGGCAAUGAAAAUAUGAGAAAUGUGUGCGGAAGUUUUGGUCUAGGUUUGAGAAGUUCUAGUGGUGAUAGACUGGUUGAAUUUUGUCAGGAAGAAAACGUCCAAAUAAUGAACACGUGUUUUAAGUUACCACCAUGCAGAUUGUACAGAUGGACAUCUCCUCAGAACAAAGUUAACAGAACAUUUAGUAUAUCAGUUAAAAAAGCAUGUACUUAUCCCAGAACAGAUAUUCCAACGGAUCAUAAUCUUCUAUUACCACCGAGCCAAUAUAGAGUAGAUUUAGAUAAAUUGACAAACGAAAGCUCUGCAUCUACAAUCGCUACAGAAAUUAAUGCCCGCUUACGACGCAUAGAAACGAAUAAAAGUCCCUAUGGAACCAAACGAAAUUGUUCUUGA